ACAUUUGUUUUGCGGAAAAAAGGCGAAAAAAGUGUAGUUCGCAAUUUUCUCGGAUUUUCUUGUGUAAAAGUAUACUUACUGACGUUCCGGUUCUAUGAUUGAAUGUGCAGGUACGUUAGCGACACGUACGUGAUAAAGGAACAUGUUUAAGAGUAAAAACGAGGGGAAUAUCGUGUACAAAUGCACUGUUCGCCUGCUCGAGGAUGCCGACGUGCUGGAGUGUGAAUUUCAGCCAAAUCACAAAGGAAGAUUCCUCCUGGAGUACGUGUGUGAGCAAUUGGACAUCACGGAGAAGGAUUACUUUGGUCUGCGCUAUGUUGAUUCGGCGAAGCAAAGGCAUUGGCUAGAUUUGGCUAAAAAUAUCAUAAAGCAAGUGAAAGAUGUGGAUCCUGUCCUCUUCUCCCUCCGUGUGAAAUUCUACCCAGCCGAUCCAUUGAGACUGACCGGGAAUGGAAAAUUAAUGCUGUACCAGCAGCUAAAGAGAGAUCUCAUCCAUGGCAGACUCUAUUGUUCUGCCGGAGAGUCUGCUGCCCUUGGAGCGCUGAUUGUGCAAGAGGAACUCGGCGACUUCGAUGCAGAGUGCCAUUUGGGUGACUAUGUGUCGUCCAUUCGGUUCGCUCUGAGGCAAACAGAAGCGUUAGAGCGGAAAGUGAUUGAAUUGCACCAGAAGCGUGAGCCUGGACAGGAGAUACGCCUCGUACAGGAUGAGUUUAUGACGCUGGCACGGGGUUUGGAGACGUACGGUGUUGAUCCGCACCCGGUGAAGGAUCACCGUGGCACUCAAUUGUAUCUGGGCAUCAAUUUUAGCGGCAUCAGUACUUUUGCUGUCGGUCGGAGAGCACAACACUUUCGCUGGCCAGAGAUUCACAAGCUCAAUUAUGAGGGGAAAAUGUUUAUUGCCCAUCUGAGCUAUAUUGACUCCAAUCGGGAGCAGAAAAAGCACACGAUCGGCUUCAAAUGUCCCACUGGCGCUGCGUGUCGCUAUGUGUGGCGCUGUGCCAUCGAACAGAUGCUGUUCUUUACGCUGCCCAACAGCCAACAUGCGUCAGUGGUCAGUGGAGGUGGUUUCUUUUCUUGGGGCACAAAGUUCAGAUAUUCAGGACGCACUGAGAGGGAAAUCUUAAGCGAAGCACUUCGUCAACAGCAACAACUUGCCAGCAAUUCCAGUCCGAGCAAGAGGAAGGCAAACAGCGUGCCCGCCACGCCAUCCAGUCCUCAAGGCGAUCUCGCAGAAAUUAGAUACAGCAGUUUGCCCAGAUCAACAAUGUCAGAACCUCUUGGAGGAUGUUCCGAUCACUUGUCCUCAGUGUACUGUACGGACACGACUCUUCCACUCCUGGAGACGGUUUCUGAAGAGUCACGCAAACAUUCUAAUAUGGAUGUUAAUAGCGAUCUUCUAUCUGACUACUACUACCGCGAUUCCUUCGACCACUCCUCUUCCGAGAGUGGUCUCACCCUCACGGAAUCUCGCCUGGGCAUUCAGCGUCAGUUCAGCACUUCCGAGCCACCUGCAGUGGCUCAGCAGCAAGUUACGAAUCACGCCGUGACGUCGGCACAUCUCAUCCAGCAACAGAACGCCGCGAAUAUGGCGAAGAGUGCAAAGAAAUUUUCCCUGAUACACGCUUUCGUGCCAUCGUUCAUUUUCGUGGUGUUAGUGCUGGUCUUGUCCACCAUAUUCAUCAUUGAAUCAGACUCGGAGAUGUUUGUGCAGCUGAAGAAUUGGCCAGAAAUGGUGUGUCUGCGCUAUCAAUACUAUCAGCCACUCAAGGAUUUUCUCAUCAAGAAAAUUGGGUCGGUUUUUUAAAAGUUUUAUAAGAAUUCUUCGAUGUAUGUUUUUGGUAUAUGUUUUUGCGUUUGAUAUUUUUUUUUAUCUUUCCUUCCCAUGUCUGAAAUAAUUGAAGGGACCAGAAGAGUCAAUGGUUAGCAAUCGUCUUCUCAUAAACACUAACACUUACUCGCAUCCACACAGUCAAUAGAUAAUAAUAAUAAUAUGGAAACUCAAUGAAAAGCAAUCCUAGUUAGGUUUAGAGAUGACUUGUCCCUGGUCCGAAAUGGCAGUUUUUCUAUAUUAUGUGUUUACUUCCCACAGCAUGUCUUUUCUUCUCUUUGUCUCUACGUUUUUGAGUGUAGAACUUGUAUUUGUUCCGCAGAGAGAACGAGACAAGAGAAAGUUCAUUAGUGUUUAAAAAAAAAUUUUUAGGAUGAUGAUUAUGAUAAAAGAUAUUUCAAUGCCAAAAACGAUAUGCAACAGAAAUCAUUCCAUUAAUUAUAGUUAUUUAUUAAUAAGGGAGUAACAAAAAGAAAAUAUGAAGUCGUAACGAUUUGAGAUAUUUUGCUAAAUGUAACUUUUAAGAAUAUUUAUUCAUAGUGUGAAGGAAGGGGAGAAAAAAAUGAAAAAAAAUUAAGUGGGAUAUGAAUUACAUUAUCAAUUAAGCUUUAUCGCCGCCUAACACGACCACAAGCAUUUUCCCCAAUGGUUUCUAUUACGACUUUCCCCUUUGAUUUUGUAUUUUAACUUUCGCUCUCAGGAUAACAGUGUGGUGAGGAGAGAAGUGCUUAAUCAAUUGGCACAAGUAAUGAAAUAUAAUAGAAAAAUCUCACAUUUUCAAUGAAAUCACUACAAAAGCAACUCAUAUCAGCAAUCAUUUUCAACAACAUUUUCCCAGACAUAAGCCUUGACAUUUUGUUGCACAGAACGUCCUCACCAAAAAAUGCACAACGAACAUUUUAUCCUCACUCUCCAUCUAAUCAUCUCCAAUCUUCGGAAGAGGAUUUCAACACAGUCUUUAAGAAAUUUUAGGUGAACAUAAAAUAUCCUUUCACUGUGUGUUUCCGAAAGUCAACCAAAAGCUGUGAAAUCUUGCUAAAGAAUCACAUUUAGAUCCUGCUUAAUAGUGUUUAAGGAUAAAAAAAUCAUGGAGUUACUAAUUAAACACGUCCCAAAGUCAAUUGCGUUUUUUCAAACAUUAAACUUGCAAUGCACACAGAAAAAACAUGGUAAAUUCGUAGAUAGAGGAAGAGAAGUAAUAAAUGCGAGAAUGGAGAAAAAGCCAAUAUUAUUUGAGAAAUAAAAAGAACGU